AUUUGACAACAACCCCACACUUGCCUACUUGAACGUUGUAUCCCGUUUGACAACCGGAUUCGAUACUUUAUAUGCUUUGUCCGAGUUUCAAAGAUUCCAAGCACAAAUCGAAGUUUCUGACGAAUCUGCCUUAAAAAGCAUCAGAGAACGUAUCAAGUGGCUAGAAAAGCACGAGAAAGAAAUCGAGGAUGUUCUGGAAGAGCUACUCAAGAAAAACCAUCAAAUGUGA